ACUCACAGAGCAAGGAGAGAACCUGAGGAUUCCUCACACAUGUAGUACUCAGAGCUCUACAGAAACCCAGGCACCUCAACCUCAAGAGGAUCAGCCUGACCAGGGUGGCACAACUCUUCCUUCCCCGUGCACAGCAGGAAAGCUGCCGUCAGCUGAGCAAGUCCACCAACAGUUUCUGUGUCCCACUUCGUCUUUAAUAAGAUUUUGAGCCCAUUCUGCAGUGGAAUUUCAUGAACUAGCAAGAGGUAAGAUUUUACUGUGAGAAUCAGUCUUCCUGAUGGACGAGUUCACUCCUGAGAUUAAUACCAUCACUCCACACAGCUCCAGCUGGCCAUGUCAACUCAACGGCUUGUGUCGAUUUUGCCAUGGCUCCCACCUCCCUCUCUUCCAUUUAAUCUCUCUGAAUACUACUGCGUUAGUUUUUGCAUUAUUUUAGAGGAGCAAUUUAUCAUUUAAAUGGCCAUCUUCCCAACAACCAACCAAGACACCGUCUUUUAUUAUACAAGAAAGGAGUGUACCUAUCACACACAGGGGGAAAAUGCUCUUUUGGGUGCUAGGCCUCCUAAUCCUCUGUGGUUUUCUGUGGACUCGUAAAGGAAAACUAAAGAUUGCAGACAUCACUGAUAAGUACAUUUUUAUCACUGGAUGUGACUCGGGCUUUGGAAACUUGGCAGCCAGAACUUUUGAUAAAAAGGGAUUUCAUGUAAUCGCUGCCUGUCUGACUGAAUCAGGAUCAACCGCUUUAAAGGCAGAAACCUCAGAGAGACUUCGUACUGUGCUUCUGGAUGUGACUGACCCAGAGAAUGUCAAGAGGACUGCCCAGUGGGUGAAGAACCAAGUUGGGGAAAAAGGUCUCUGGGGUCUGAUCAAUAAUGCUGGUAUUCCCGGUGUGCUGGCUCCCACUGACUGGUUGACACUAGAGGACUACAGAGAACCUAUUGAAGUGAAUCUGUUUGGACUCAUCAGUGUGACACUAAAUAUGCUUCCCUUGGUCAAGAAAGCUCAAGGGAGAGUUAUUAAUGUCUCCAGUGUUGGAGGUCGCCUUGCAAUCGUUGGAGGGGGCUAUACUCCAUCCAAAUAUGCAGUGGAAGGUUUCAAUGACAGCUUAAGACGGGACAUGAAAGCUUUUGGUGUGCACGUCUCAUGUAUUGAACCAGGAUUGUUCAAAACAAACUUGGCAGAUCCAGUAAAGGCAACUGAAAAAAAACUCGCCAUUUGGGAGCAGCUGUCUCCAGACAUCAAACAACAAUAUGGAGAAGGUUACAUCGAAAAAAGUCUAGACAAACUGAAAGGCAAUAAAUCCUAUGCGAACAUGGACCUCUCUCCGGUAGUAGAGUGCAUGGACCACGCUCUAACAAGUCUCUUCCCUAAGACUCAUUAUGCUGCUGGAAAAGAUGCCAAAAUUUUCUGGAUACCUCUGUCUCACAUGCCAGCAGUUUUGCAAGACUUUUUGUUGUUGAAACAGAAAACAGAGCUGGCUAAUCCCAAGGCAGUGUGACUCAGCUAACCACGGGUGCCUGCUCCAGGCUAUGAGAUUGGCCGAUUUCAAGAGCCCAUCUCCUUUUCAACCCCAUUCUUUAUCUGCUCCAACCUGGACUCAUUUAGAUCCUACUUAUUUGGAUUACAAAAGGGAGUCCCACCAUUGUUGGUGGUGUCCUAGGGUCCCUGCUCAAGUUUUCUUUGAAAAGGAGGGCUGGAAUGGUACAUCACACAGGCAGGUCCUGCCCUGUAUUUAGGCUUUGCCUGCUUGGUAUGAUGUAAGGGAAAUUGAAAGACUUGCCCAUUCCAAAUGAUCUUCACCGUGGCCUACCCUGUGCUUAUGGUCCCCAGCAUUUAGAAUAACUUGUGAAUGUUAAGUAUCGUCUCUUAUCUAAAUAUUAAAAGAUAAAUCAAACAUU